AUGCUGCAAUCAGCAGCCUAUGCUAGCUGGUUUGAGGAUAACAUGCGCUGUACGAAGGAGACGUUUCUACAGCUAGGACGCUUUCUACAAGAGCAUGGAGUUCGGUUUGCUAACGCGAAGGUUCGCCAACAUUCUUACGAAAAGAAAAUCGCCGCAGCUCUCUACUUUCUAGGAUCUGCUGGCGGUUAUCGUGAGGUUGGUGCCGCUAUGGGGAUGUCACGAAGCUAUGUUAAGGAAAUUACUGCAGAAGUGAUUCGCGUGUUGAAGCUGGUAGCGUGUCGAGUAAUUUCGUUCCCGCGUGACCGUAGCAGAUGGAGUGCUAUUGAAGACGCGUUUGCAAUACGCCACAGCUAUCCUGGCGUUGUUGGGGCCAUUGACGGAUCACUAAUUCAGAUAGAGCGCCCUGAUGAUUUUGAUGGCUUCUAUUGUCGUAAGAGUUAUCCUGCGCUGAAUGUUCAAGCAAUCGUGACAAUGGACAAUUUUUUUUUGAGUGUUGAGGUGCGUCCUGGGUCGUGGUCGGACCGCAAAUGCUGGCAGCACAGCACCAUCGGUCGAAACCACUUCAGCAUUAUUCCUGCAGGAACGCAUUUUAUCGGUGAUGCUGGCUAUGCCUUAUCGCCUGGAUUGAUGGUUCCAUACUCCGAUAGGGAAGAAGGUGGGUCGCUGACAGAGCGUCAGAACAAGUUCAAUUUUUUUCACUCAAGUACGCGAAUGGCAGUCGAAAGCACAUUUGGAGUUUGGAAGGGCAGAUUUCGGAUUUUGCAAUGUCCGCUCAACCAGGAGACGCCUCGUGAAGCAAGCGAUGUAAUUGUUGCUACGAUAGUGCUACACAAUCUGUUCAUUAGCUUUCGAGAUGCUGCUGUGAUUCCUCGAUACGUGGAGGAAGAUGACGACGAGAUUAAUUUUGAUGACACCACGUGCUCAAGCCGCCAACGAGAUGUCGCUAUUCCGAAGCGGAAUGCCAUUGCUAGCUUCCUUUGGCCGUAA